ACCUAGGUCCCGAGUUUCGCUGGCGCCGCUGCAAGAAUUUGAGGCGGCUCUUCCGGCGUCCGGGUUACUGGCUGGCCCUUGGGCGCGCGCGGCGCCGCCGCCCCUCGCCCUUCACCCGGAAAGGCAUUGACCGACACUACUUGGAUGCAUUUGACCAUCUCCUAGGAGACUUGCAUGUUGAGUUUCGAUAAGCAAACAGUUCUCUCUUGUUUGGAGCAAUGCUGAAAUUCCAAGAGGCUGCUAAGUGUGUGAGUGGAUCAAUAGCUGUUUCCACGUGUCCAAAGCCCUUGAUCGCAAGAAGAUACACACUUCAACAGAAACUUGGCAGUGGAACUUUUGGAACCGUCUAUUUAGUGUCAGACAAGAAAGCCAAACAAGGAGAGGAAUUAAAGGUCCUGAAGGAAAUCUCUACUAGAGAACUCAAUCCAAAUGAGACUGUGCAGGCCACUUUGGAGACCCAGCUCCUUUCCAAGCUGGACCAUCCAGCCAUUAUCAAGUUCCAUGCGAACUUUGUGGAGCAAGAUAAUUUCUGAAUUAUCACAGAGUACUGUGAGGGCCAAGAUCUGGACUAUAAAAUUCAGGAAUAUAAAGAAGCUGGAAAAACCUUUCCAGAGAGUCAAAUAAUAGAAUGGUUUAUCCAGCUGUUGCUGGGAGUUGACUACAUGCAUGAAAGGAGGAUACUUCAUCGAGACUUGAAGUCAAAGAAUAUAUUUCUGAAAAAUAAUCUACUUAAAAAUAUUCAUAAAAAUUAAUUAUUAUUUCAAGGGUAUUUUGGAGUUUCUCGACUCUUAAUGGGAUCCUGUGAUCUAGCCACCACUUUAACUGGAACUCCCCAUUAUAUGAGCCCGGAGGCUCUGAAACACCAAGUCUAUGACACAAAAUCGGAUAUCUGGUCUCUGGCUUGCAUUUUGUAUGAGAUGUGCUGCAUGAUUCAUACAUUCAUUGGCUCCAAUUUCUUAUCCAUCGUUUUAAAAAUUGUUGAAGGCGACACUCCUUCUCUCCCUGAGAGUUACCCAAGACAGCUGAAUGCCAUCAUGGAAAGCAUGUUGAACAAGAGUCCUUCAUUGAGACCAUCUGCUAUAGAAAUUUUUUAAAUUCCUUACACUGCUGAACAACUACAGCACCUGAUGUGCGGAUAUUUGGAAAUGACCCUGGAAGACAAGAAUUUGAAUCGUCAGAAGGAGGCAGCUUAUAUAAUUAAUGCUGUGCAGAAAAAGAUCCACCUGCAGACCCUGUGGGCGCUGUCUGAGGUACAGAAGGUGACACCAAGAGAGAAGAUGCAGCUGAGGAAGGUCCAGGCAGCUGAUGAGGAGGCCAGGAAGCUAAGAAAGCUUUUGGAAGAAAAAUAUGAAGAAAACAACAAACGAAUGCAAGAACUGAGAUCUUGGAACUUCCAGCAGCUGACUGUGGAUGUGCUCCACGAACUUGAUGACCCAGCUUCAGAGAACCUGCCUGAGUCUCAGCCCAUUCCUUCCCUGGACCUUGGCGCACUUGGAUCAAGUGUAGAGGACACCGUAGCUGACCUUGCAGAUCAUGAGAUCCUAGAAGACCCACUUGUGGCUGAAGAGUAUUAUGAUGAUACAUUUGACUCCUGUUCUGAAGAAAGUAAGGAGGGGGAGGAAGAAAAACAGUGUUUUCAAGAGCUCGAGGAUGAGGGACCCCAGCCUGCUUACAGGACAAACCAACAGGACAGUGAUAUUGAAGCACUGGCCAGAUGUUUGGAGUAUGUGCUGGGCUGCACCACUCUAGAUCAGCUGUGCAGAAGCUGGGGAUGGAGGUGUUUGAGGAGGUCUACAAUUACUUCAAGAGAGCAAGGCAGCAGAAAGCCAGCAAGGCAGAGGUCUGGGCAGCUCUGGAAACAGUCGUGCCUCGAGCCAGUGAUUGUUCUGAGGUUGACCAGUGGCUCUACUUUGAGGAGCAGUUGCUGA